AGCCUAUAUUCUUGUUUAAUUAAUUCGUAAUCUUUCUUCUGUUGGAGCUAAAGUAGGCCUACAAGUCUCAUUUCGUAGUUUUAGCAAUUGUUACAACUAGGUUACUUUUAACUUUGUAACAAACAGUUGCUUGUCAAAUUUGGAAACAAUGCAAUACAUAUCACAGCUCUUUGUUUUUACUCCACAAUGUUUCACUCAAAUUAGCUGGAAAGGUAUACAAAAGAAGGACUUGGCUAAUGGCAAGGAAAGACGGCAGAAAAUAUUGUACGCGACAUAAAAUGAUUUUGAGUCGAAACUAAACAUUCUACAUUUAGCUCGAGGUUUGAGUCAUCAACCAUAUCUGCCUGUCAAAAAAUCCUCUACAAAGCGUGUAAAUUAGCAAUCCCAUUGGUUUUGCACAGCUACAGAACACCUAUUGGAUAUGACAGUAUUCUCACAUCCGAUUGGUCAAUUGUGGAGAUGAUGUGCUUUAGUUGGCCUGGGGAGACGUCAAUCAGAUUAUAUAUUUCCUCUCUUGAUUGCGCGAGCGUCAGAAUGCUAGUAUUGUCUAUGGGCGCGGCAUCACAUCACAAACUAUCAUAUUAGUCCAUUGUUUUUCGUUGUUGGUUAAUGUUAAUUUGCUGCUACAUAGUCUCUGGUUCUCUAUCUGCGUUCUUGUUCACAGGUUUGUAGCGGCGCGCAGCUAGUGAGGGUAUUUGUGCUACUCGGAGUGACUGGUCAGACCAGGGGGAAAACGGGACCGGAGCUGUUCUGUUUUUUUUCUUCUGACAUUGUUAAUAAUUUUCAUCAUUCCUUUGAGGAAUAAACUCAAUUGAAAGACUUCAGAAGGGUACUUGUACAUUCAUCAACACAGCAUACAGGUGUUCCAACAAUCCUCACCAUGGAGGCCAUUGCCAAAUACGAUUUCAAAGCCACUGCAGAUGAUGAGUUGAGUUUUAAACGUGGAGAAACGUUGAAGGUUUUGAAUGAAGAAUGCGACCAGAACUGGUACAAGGCAGAGCUGAAUGGGAAGGAAGGCUUCAUCCCCAAGAACUACAUUGAAAUGAAGGGACACCCGUGGUUCUAUGGUAAGAUCCCCCGGGCGAAGGCAGAGGAGAUGCUGAACAAACAAAGGCAUGAUGGGGCCUUCCUCAUCCGAGAGUCGGAGAGCGCACCGGGAGACUUCUCCCUCUCUGUCAAGUUUGGUAAUGACGUGCAGCACUUCAAGGUCCUGCGUGACGGGGCUGGGAAGUACUUCCUGUGGGUGGUCAAGUUCAAUUCUCUCAACUCCCUGGUGGACUACCACCGUUCCACCUCUGUGUCCCGCAACCAGCCCAUCUUCCUCAGGGACAUCGAGCAGGUCCCACAGCAUUCAACGUACGUGCAGGCGCUGUUUGACUUCGAUCCUCAGGAGGACGGCGAGCUGGGUUUCCGACGCGGCGACUUCAUCCAGGUCCUGGACAACUCCGACCCCAACUGGUGGAAAGGCGCUUGCCACGGCCAGACGGGCAUGUUCCCGCGCAACUACGUCACGCCAGUCAACCAAAACAUGUGAUCAUGUCACGCCCGUCAACCAAAACAUUUGACUGGCUUAAAUGAAUAAUGACAUGGUCCCCCCCCAUUUGGCCCAUUUACACCCCCUCAGGACUUUGAGGGACACUUCAGAAACACAGACCUAUAUGAGGAAUGGAAGAAUGGGAAGUGGAGCAAAAACCCUGCAAAGACCGAGCGAGAGGCAGAUUUCAUUACUCGGACUCGACAGUUGACUGUGGAUUCUUUGAUGCAAUGAGGGAGACACACGGAACAGAGAUGCAUUGCAAAGGAACCUAAGUUGGAGUAAAAAAACAAACACAAGGGAUCCGGCUAUAGCUCGACUCCGGCAUCGGCCUCCCUUCCUAUACAUUCUUUGUUUUCUUUCUUUACGCAUGACAUCACCGUUCUAUGUUUCAGUCUAUUAGACAAAGACAAUGAAGAAGAUGUCAGAGACCAAAGACUCUUGUCUCGUGUGUUAUUCAUAUCAACCCAGCUUUGGGCUCUCAGAGAAGGACCAUGGACUGGAGAGAAAUUCUAUUGUUAUCGACGUGUAUGUAUAUCUAUAAAUAUUUGUAGUUUGAACCUGUUUUAGUGUGGGUGUUUUUCCAUAAAUUUCCUUGAUUUUUUUUUCUCCCCCCCCCCCCUAUUUGUAGGCCUACAUAUUGUCGUUUUCUAGGAUCAUAUUAAUUUGGUACCAAAUGGAAGGAAACAGAUCCAAACAGAGAGGGAACUACCGGAAUGGAAUAAGAAUCACUAAUUGUAGUUUUUCGUAGAAAAACGUUUUGUUACGUUUUGAAACUGUGCACUAAUUAAUAUGACCCAGAUCAUACACAGAGUCUCUGAGACAAGAAGCUAAAUGGUUUUUAUGUGAUCGGGAGUUAUUCAAUACAGGAAUAAUAUUUAAGGUGGAAAUCUAAUUUGGAAAAGGAUUUCUACUUUGUUCUGGUAUGAAAGCGGAAGCGCGGCUAUUAUCAGCUGGAACAAAUUGUGUCCUUUUUUACCCGCUUAGACAUGUGGGCGCUUUCUGCAUUCUUAAAUGUAGCAAUCUUUCUCAAUCAAAUCAGAGACAAUGGUAUAGAGUUUUAUGUCCAUCCGCAAUCAAUAGACUUAACUGAUGAUGGGGCUGAUUCGAUAUGACCUAAAUGUAGCUAAAUUGGGUUGAACGUGUUCUUUAUGGAGAUUGCUAGUGUUUGACUGGGUUGAAACGGCAGUAUCCUUAUCAUUAAUUCUAUAAAAGAAGGUGUUGAAUAGUGUACAGAUGAGCGCGCUACACUCACUGAUUUCACCCUGCGUUUGUGGAAGUUGGGUAGUGCCUUUUCCAUCUCUGGUGUUUUUUUGUCUCUCCAGGUUGACCAAUGAGCGCUUUUUAAGCAGCAGAUCUCAGAGAUACGGUGACCAAUACAAUGUCUCCAUUCUCCACACAUGCCGGCCAUUGGUUAGGGGAUACCUUAUGGAAACCCCAGUCUGAAUCUCUAAACCCGUCUCAGCUCUGCAGUCUCUUCUGUCUCACUUUCAAGUAUGACAAUUUGAUGAAAGAGAAACAUGUUUUGUGCCAGAGGGUGUUGUUAUGUAGUGUUUCCCUUGAGAAAUGACUAAAUGGUUUGAUGUAAAUGUGCAGUGUGGAUCUAUGUUUAACAGAAGGACAUGCGCAUGACAAAGUCUUGUUUUGUCUGAUUAUGGGACGCAUCAAAAGGGCUUUUGGAACUCUAUGCGAUUUAGAUGCGCACACAUUAUCUGCCGGUUUGGUUGUGUCUAAAGGGGGACAUUUUUGACAGCGGGCGAAAAGAAAUCACAGAAAAGGUAGUUUAGCUUUUCCUGAAAGAGGGGACAUAAAGUGCUUGAUCUGGGCAACAUCUUCAGUGUCUAUCCUUCAGUCAGUGUCUGCUUGUGACGGAGGCAGAAUGGAAUCCUCCAUCUUGAUAAAAAGAUUAAAGGACCAAUGAUGCUGACAAACUGACUGUAGAUCAGGACGACAAGCACAACGGGUGGGGUCAUUGACCUCUAUUGAGCUUUGUGUCCACAACUCUCUACUUUGGACCUUUUUGAGAAUCUUGAGGAGGACCUCGGAAUUUCAUAUUAUCUCUCCUCCACUCUGCUUGUUAUUCCCUAUCUACACUCAUUGAUUUGAAAAACUACUCGAAUAUACUUUAUGGUUUGUUGAAGUAAAAUGGCUGAAAUACACUGAGGCAGGUCUGAAGGGACCAUGCAAGUUUUUUCAAUGGUAUUUCUAGCCUGCAAUGAACUGCAAUGAGCCAUUCCAAUGAACUGAUACUACAAUUGACUUGCAGGUGUUUGAAAAUGCAAGGGCGCGAGAAACCUUGCUUACGUGGUUUGUCUAUGAACUGUAGCCUGGCUGUGUGUCACCUUACUGUUGUUGCAAGCCCCCCCCCCCCCCAUUCAAAGUUCAGUAUGUCACAUUAUGUAAAAAAAAAAACUUUAAAAAAACAAGUGUGACGCGUGUGUGUAUUUACUUCUUCAGGUGUGUCUGUAUUCUCAGCCAAUCAUAUGACAUGUAUGACCCUGAAGUUUUCCUGACCAUCUGAUCUGGAGUAUUACCAAGUCGUGUCACGUGUUCAGGGAACAUUCCUGGCCCAAGACCUUAUGCGAUUGCAAGGGUCAAUGUUUCUGCAGGUUUUAGAGUUGAGACCGGUACCCUAAUGGUUGACUCUUAGCCUGAUUAAACCAGAUUGAACGCUGCGUUCAGCAUUGUCUGUUCUACCAGGCUAGUUGACACUACCAGACGGUGGAUUUCGCUGCUCUCAAGGGGCCUGAUAAAUAGUCCAAAAUGUUGAUGUCUAAUUACGCUGUCUCUAGGUUCCUGGACAGCCUUGCACUCUACUGUGGUCAAUAUUUACACUCUCCUCAGUCAGUCAGCCAUUCAUUACAGUGUGAAGGUCGCUGGCAAGUGUACCAUUCAUUAAGCCGAGUUAAAUAAGACACAACGCUGCACUCGGCACUCACUAUUGUUUCACUUCGGUGACAAUAGUCUCCAGUCUGCCAAUAUCCUUCUAUGGUUUAUUUCCUCGUUCACUCAGUUGCAGCCGUCUGACUCGCGUUAUUCCAGAGUGGUAUCUUACAGUGGUAGACAGCUAAGACGAUGUGAUUGUUUACAUUAUGCUGGAAAGUCUUUGUAUGUAUGUCUAUCUGACAUGGUUGCUUUUAUGUCAUUUCAUGAUGUGCACGUAUUAAAAACGUUUAUUUUUUACAUUUCUGUUUUCAAACUGGAGGAUGAUGAUGUCCCCUGAUGUCUGUCACAGCAUUUGAUUUCCUUUGAACGUAGAUAGACGACGACAGAAUAAUAAAACAUUCACUAUGAAGAA